GCUCCUGCCAAAGGGUAAAUAGCAAUAUUAAAAUAUUUUCUCUAGUUAAUUUUCUUUUAAUGUGCAUGAUUUCGUGCACAGGGCCACUAGUAGUACUAUAUGUUAUGAAGCAAGCUACUCCUCUUAAAAAGGUCAUCUUAGAUAUGAGAACAAAUACAAUUUGUUGGAACCCUAUGGAAGCCUUCAUUUUUACUGCAGCAAAUGAAGAUUACAACUUACAUAAUUUUGAUAUGCAUGCACUGGACACUCCUUUGAUUGUGCACAUGGAUCACGUGUCUGCAGUGCUGGACGUGGAUUGUUCUCCCAGUGGGAAAGAGUUUGUGUCCGCUAGUUUUGAUACAUCUAUUCUAAUUUUUCCUGUGGACAAAAGUAGAAGCAGGGAAGUAUAUCACACAAAGAGAAUGCAACAUGUUAUCUGUGUAAAAUGGACUUCGGAUAGCAAGUACAUUAUGUGUGGAUCUGAUGAAAUUAACAUUCCUCUGUGGAAAGCUAAUGCUUCUGAAAAAUUGGGUGUGCUUACAUCACAAGAAAAUGCAGCCAAAGAUUAUAACCAGAAGUUGAAGGACCAAUUUCAUCAUCAUCCUCAUAUAAAACGUAUCGCUUGUCACCACCAUCUACCAAAACCGAUCUACAGCCAGAUUCAAGAACAGGGCAUCAUGACAGAAGCUUGCCGACGGAAGGAAGUGAAUAGUCUCAAGCAAAGCAAGCCUGGAUUUGUGCCAAUUGUGUCAGAGAAGAAGAAACACAUAGUGGUAGUUGUGAAAUAAUAUUUGGUAUUCCUGCCAAUGUUGGCUUAUAAUUAUUUGUUACAUUUUGAUUUGUAAACUCUA